CUUCUCUGUCUCUCACGGAAGAAACUCUCACUCAUCAGUUCAUCCAUCCUUCUAUCUCGUUCUAACGUCUUCUCUCUCGCAAAAGAAAAAGUCUCUUGAAAUUUUCGAAAUCUCCAGAAGAGGAGUUCGAUGAUCUGCUCAACGUUUACACCAAGUAUUUACCAUUUUCACGCGGAAAGGCCUGUUUUCCAGAAACCGAGGUUUCGGGUUUGUUCAUCUACUUCUAGUGAGAAUGACAGAUUCAAAAUAGAGUACACUCCUUGGCUUAUCGUAGGCUUGGGCAAUCCAGGAAACAAGUAUCAUGGAACAAGACACAAUGUAAUUUUGUCUUGUUUUCAGGUUGGUUUCGAGAUGAUUGAUGUUUUGGCUAGAAAACAAGGCGUUUUGAUGAACACAAUACAGUCUAAAGCUCUAAUCGGAAUAGGUGCUAUCGAAGAGGUGCCUAUCUUGUUAGCCAAACCUCAGACUUAUAUGAACUUCAGCGGUGAAGCGGUUGGAUCUUUAGCUUCACACUAUCGAGUACCAUUGCGUCACAUUUUAAUGAUUUACGAUGAGAUGGCUUUACCAAAUGGAGUUUUGAGACUUCAACCGAAAGGAGGUCAAGGCUAUCACAACGGAGUGAAGAGUGUAAUGGGGAGUUUGGAUGGGCGUCGAAACUUUCCUCGUUUAAGCAUAGGCAUUGGUAAGCCACCAGGGAACAUGGAUAUGAAAGCUUUUCUUCUUCAGAAGUUUAGUCCAUUGGAACGGAAACAGAUCGAUGAAGCACUAGAACAAGGAAGUGAAGCAGUGAAGACUCUUGUGCUCAGUGGGUUUAGUCAAGGAAUCUCAAGAUUUAAUCUUGUGCAAAAAUAUAAGUUUCACAAAGUAUAAUAUGAGAUUACAAACAAAAUUAACAGUUGACGGAUUGAUGUAGAGAUUCUUUAGCAUUUUUAUUUGUUGUAAACAGUAAACAAAAAGCAUCAUUCUUUCUCAGUAUGAAUCCUUAUAACCCUUAUGAAUAA